AUGGAAUCCGUCGGCAAGCCUGACUACGAAAAUCUGGAUGUGAUCCAAAGGAAUCGACUCGCCCCACGAGCGUACUGGUUACCCCCUUCACAUCUGUUGCUCAACGGAUCAUGGGACUUUCAGUAUGCACUAACCCCCGCAGAAGCUUCAGAAUAUCCCACCAACGCCGCAGCUUCUGAUGAGCCUUGGUCAACAAUCAACGUCCCAGGUCAUUGGCAGUUGCAAAGCCAUGGCCACCCUCACUACACUAACGUUCAGUUUCCCUUCCCGUCAACACCUCCAUUCAUCCCGACCGAGAACCCCACAGGGACAUACCGACGUCAGUUCAGGGUUCCAAGUGAUUGGGAUAGCACAUCGCAGCUCAGACUUCGUUUCGAUGGUGUUGACAGCGCCUAUCAUGUCUGGCUGAAUGGCUCUUUUGUUGGCUAUUCCCAAGGCAGCCGUAACGCUGCGGAAUUUGACAUCACAGAUAUCACAAAGAAGGAAAUUGAUAACGAAUUGGUGGUCAGAGUCUAUCAGUGGUGUGAAGGCUCAUAUAUCGAGGAUCAGGAUCAAUGGUGGUUAUCCGGUAUGUACGCUCCCAACUACCGUCAGGUCAAUAAUACUGACAAAACAGGAAUCUUCCGUGACGUGACCCUACUUGCACUGCCUGGACAAACUCGCAUUGAGGACUUUUUCGUUAAAACAGACCUCGAUGAGAAAUACCAGGACGCCACUCUCCAUGUAGAUGUCACUUUGAACCAGCAUGUCGGUACCUCGUCCCUUGAUUUGUCACUUGUUCUUCAAGAUGGAGAUAUCCAAGUGACUUCAACGCGCCAGAGCCUGGACGAUACCAACAGCACGGCCAAGUUCUCAUUGUCCGUUCCCAACCCGAAGAAAUGGACUGCAGAGAGUCCCUAUCUUUACCAACUGCAAGUUUCUCUUACCACGAAGACCGGAGAGUCAAUCCAAGCCAUCACACAAAAUGUGGGCUUCCGCAAGGUCGAGCUGAAGAACGGACUUAUCACUGUCAACGAUUCACCAAUCCUACUUCGAGGAAUCAACAGACAUGACCAUCAUCCGGUUCAUGGACGGGCUGUUCCAUUUGAGUUUCUCAAACAAGACCUACUAUUGAUGAAACAGCACAACAUCAAUGCACUCAGGACGAGUCACUAUCCUGGGCAGCCCUGGCUGUACGACUUGGCAGAUGAACUAGGCUUUUGGGUCAUGGACGAGGCUGACUUGGAGUGCCACGGCUUUUAUGACGUUGUCACACAGCCUAUUCAACCUGCUCCCUAUCUGGACUAUGAGGGGAGCAAAGAAGAGUACUUCCCCAAAGCCGCCCAGUUCACCUCUGACAAUCCAGAGUGGCGUGAGUCAUACCUCGACAGGAUGAUCCAGAUGGUGCAGAGAGACAAGAACCAUCCUUGCAUCUUCUCGUGGUCUCUCGGCAACGAAUCUUUUUACGGUGUCAAUCACGAGGCCAUGAUUGAGUAUGCUCGAAGUAUCGACGACAGACUCAUCCACUACGAAGGCGAUAUUAAGGCGCAAGAGACUGACAUGUACUCGUACAUGUAUCCCGAUCAAGACCGAUUGAAGAGACAUGUCGAGAUCGACGGUAUCAAGGAUGGAAAAUGGGAGAAGCCAGUCAUUCUCUGCGAAUAUGCACAUGCAAUGGGCAACGGCCCGGGAGGUCUCGAUGACUACCAAGGUGCUUUCCGCAAGUAUAAGCGUCUCCAAGGCGGUUUUAUCUGGGAAUGGGCCAACCAUGGAAUCUUGCACAAGGAUGGCUACUACGCAUAUGGAGGUGACUUUGGUGAUGAACCAAAUGACCACACAUUUGUUAUGGAUGGCCUUUGCAACAGCGAACACAAACCUACACCUGGUUUGAUCGAGCUGAAAAAGGUCUUCCAACCUGUUAAGUUCGAUUAUGAAUCUGGAAAAGUCUUGAUUACCAACGAGUAUGAUUACAUUGAUCUUGGUCACUUGGAAGCGAAUUAUACCAUCAAGGCAAUCGGAGACAAAACGUCACUUCUCGAGUCUGGUAAGCUUGACAUUCCAAGCGUCAAACCCUGGGCGACAGUCGAACUCCCUAUCCCCGUCGAUCUCUCCCAGUAUCAGAAUCAUUCGGAAGAGGUAUUCUUGGCCAUCUCUUUCGUGCUCAAGGAGGCCACAAACUGGGCACCAGCUUCGCACGAAGUGGCGUGGUUCCAGCAUAAGAUAUCUAGCGAGAGACAGCCCAAGAACAAAGUCGAUUCGUCUGACGCCUCUGGAGUCAUCGAUGUCAAAGAGACCAGAACCGAAGUAAGCUUGUCCAGUUCAAACUGGGUUUUUAAGUUCGACCGGGUCCGUGGCUAUAUCACAAAGUGGUCGACCGGCUCAGAUCUGUUGGAGGUUGAUUCUGCGACUCGUGCAGCUAUCUAUCCUUGCUUCUGGCGCGCGCCCACAGAUAACGACAAAGAUAGCGCUGUCAAAACUUGGAAAGAAUACGGCGUGCACUGGAUGACUUCUCAACUAAGAUCGUUCCAAGUUCAGAAGGAUCCCCACGGUGGAGGCGUCUCAGUCAAGACCGUGACAUAUUUCGCGCCUCCAGUUUUGGGAUGGGGUUACGACAUCCGUACAGAUUACCAUAUUUCGACCAAUGGACUUUUGUCUAUAAAGCUUGACCUAACACCCAAAGGGUCGCACCCCAUUGACGUCCCUCGAGUAGGGUUGAACAUUCGGCUCCCCAAGCGACUCAACCAGGCCUCCUGGUUUGGCCUCGGCCCCGGUGAAUCCUACCCCGACAAAAUGUGUUCUCAAUCUACUGGCAUCUGGGAAUCAGCCGUAGACGACUUGGAAGUUCCCUACGACGUUCCGCAGGGCAACGGAAACAGAAUGGAGACACGUUGGGUGCGGCUGGUGGAUGCCGAUGGACAUGGAAUCAGAGCUUCAAGGUUUGAUGCCAAUACUUUCAACUGGACUGGCGGCCGCUUAUCCGACCAAACUAUUGAGGCAGCAAAACACCCGUGCGAUUUAGUAAGAGAGGAGGCUACUUUGCUUAAUCUAAGCCCGAGGGUUGCGGGUGUAGGUAGUGCUACCUGCGGGCCUGGUGUGCGGGAUGAUUUGCUGGUCAAGGUUGAGCCAAUUACAUAUGAGUUUGUAUUAGAAUCUGUCUAG